AUGGCGUCUUCAUCUCUGUCAGUGGUGCUGCUCCUUCUGUGCCUGGCCGCGGCGGCGUCGGCGCAGAUGUCCCCGAGGUUCUACGACGCGUCGUGCCCCGGGGCGCUGGCCACCAUCAAGAGCGGCGUAGCGUGCAAGCGCACCGUUUCCUGCGCCGACAUCCUCGCCGUUGCCGCUCGCGAUUCCGUCGUCGCGGUAGGAGGGCCGUCAUGGACAGUCUCUCUGGGGAGGAGGGACUCCGACACGGCUAGUGAGACACUGGCCAACCGUGACCUGCCUGCACCAUCACUUAGCGUCACGGACCUCAUCACCCGCUUCGCUGCCAAGGGGCUCAACCACACCGAUAUGGUCGCCCUCUCUGGUGCGCACAUCAUAGGGCGGGUGCAGUGCAAGAACUUGACCAGGCUCUACAGCGAGGAGAACAUUGGCCCGGCCUUGGCGACGUCGCGCCAGGCCACCACUAAUAGAAAACAGGGCUUUGGUUCAGGCCGGGUCAGCCCAUUAGUCCUGGUUCAGUCCAGAACCGGGACCAAUGUGGGCAUUGGUCCCGGUUCGUGA